GAACAUAACCUCAAAUUUAUUCGUCUUCAAAACAUUCGUAACAAACAAAUCGUUUCUCAGUGAUUUUAUAAGAUUUUCUAAAGAUUCUGUGCAGUUUCCAGCAUCUACAAUGUCUGACAAUGAGUACGAGAAGUUCGAGGUGACGGACUACGACCUGGACAAUGAAUUUAAUCCCAAUCGUCGAAGGAAGUUGACGAAAAAUCAGCAAAUCUAUGGCAUGUGGGCUGAUGACAGUGAUAAUGAGGGAGCUCCAGAAUUUUCUCGCAAAGGGAGGCAGAAGGAUUAUUCCGCUCCGGUUAAUUUUGUUGCUGGAGGUGUUCAACAAUCUGGGAAGAAGGAAAAGAAGGAAGCACAGUCGGAGGAAUCUGAAGAGGAGGAUGCACGUCCGAGCUUUGGGGCGAGUACUGCUUAUACGUCAAGUGAAUCCGACGGAGAGGCACCAUCGUUGCAGACCACGGCGGGAUUCCGGAGAGCAGCUGGGCCACAGCAAGGCUUGUCCGGGAAUGUUGGGAAAUGGGAACAGCACACAAAAGGAAUUGGGGCAAAGCUUCUGCUGCAGAUGGGCUACAAACCUGGCAUGGGACUGGGAAAGAGUCUUCAGGGAAUCUCCACACCUGUCCAGGCACACGUACGCAAGGGCAGAGGCGCUAUUGGGGCGUAUGGACCGGAAAAGGCCGCCUCACUGGCGGAUCAGAAGCAAGUGAAGAAGGUUGAUGAGGAUGAGAAGGAAGAGAAGGAAUUUCGGGAGAAACUUAGUCAGUGGCGGAAGGAUGAUACGGCGAAGGCAAAGAAAACUCGAUAUGUUUACAAGAGUGCCCAGGAUGUGAUUGAGAAGGGCAAAAAGGGACCCCUGAUUGACCGGCUGUCCAGCAAUUUGGGCAAUGUGACGGUGAUUGAUAUGACAGGGCCGGAGAAGAGAGUCUUGAGUGGGUAUCACGCCCUGGGGCAGACAAAGGCAGCCGAUGAAGCACUCUAUGACCCAAAAGCUCCCAAGAAAGCCACAAAUUUCGCUCUUCCGGAAUUGAUGCACAAUCUUAACCUAAUUGUGGAUCUCUGUGAGCAGGACAUCAUCCGGAUUGAUAGGAGUCAGCGUGGGGCUAAUGACAAGGAAGCUACACUGUUGCACGAUCAGGAGAAUCUCCGGAAGAUUGCAGAACUGGAGGAGAAGCAUAUUUCAACGCUGGAGCAAGUUGAGAUGCUUGUGGGCAAGCUUGUUGCUCCAGAUGGGGAAUUGUCCCUGGAUGAAGCAGAACGUUGCUUCCUGACGCUGCAGAUGGACUUUCCGGGAGAGUACCGGGAGUUUGGGUUGUGUGAUCUCGCUACGGGGGUCAUUGCUCCCCUUGUGGCGAAUCACUUGAAGCUCUGGCGUCCACUGGAGGAGCCCACACGGCACACUGAUCUUAUCAGGCGGUGGAAGGGCAUCCUGGAGGUUCAUUCCGGGGAGACGAGGAGUGUUUUCAGCCCCUAUUCCUCCCUGGUGUGGUCUGGAGUUGUGCCGUCUAUUAGGCAGGCAGCUGGGCAGUGGGAUUCACGUCAUCACCAGCCAAUGGUUGCCCUCCUGGACGCCUGGGCGCCACUUUUCCCCGCCUGGGUACUUGACAGUGUUCUCGAGCAGAUUGUUCUGCCGCGUCUUCAGGCAGGAGUGGAGGCAUGGGAUCCCCUCACAGACACACUCCCCAUCCAUGUGUGGAUUCAUCCCUGGUCCAGUCUACUCGGAGCUAAAAUGGAGGAGAGUAUCUAUGCGACAAUACGAGAGAAAUUGGCUAAAGCCUUGAUCUCCUGGGUGCCACAGGAUCGUUCAGCACGUGCUAUGCUCCUACCGUGGAAGGGAGUCUUCCCCGAUGGGGAUCUUCAGGCAUUCCUCCUCAAGAGUAUCGUCCCAAAGCUCCAGAGCGUUCUCACGGAUUACAUAGUCAACCCUCUUCAGCAGGAUUUAGAGCCAUGGAAUCAGGUGUGGGAAUGGCAUGAGCUACUGAGUUCAGUGGCCAUGGCGCAAAUCCUGGAUAAGUAUUUCUUCCCCAAAUGGAUGCAGACACUGGUAAUUUGGCUCAAUCAAUCCCCAAACUUGGAUCAAGUGUCACGAUGGUAUACUGGAUGGAAGAAUAUGCUUUCGGAGGAGGUGCUGCAGCAGACGGUGAUCAAGGAGCACUUCCGGCGUGCUCUGGAGAUUAUGCAUCGUGCCACAGCAACACCAAUUCCCAUGAUGGGCAUUGAGACAGCCAUACCGACGAUUGAUCUCACAGGUCCCCCAGUUUGUCCGCCACCCCCAUCGCUGUUGGAUUUGCAACUGCAGCCACCGGUGGCGAUGGAAUUCAAGGAGUUGGUGCUGCAGAAGUGCGCCGAACGGGGGAUUAUCUUUGCCCCAAUGCCCGGGAGGAGGGAAAUGGGGAAGCAGGUGUAUCGCAUUGGGAAGAUGUUUUGCUACAUCGAUAGAUCUGUGAUCAUGAUGAGUGAUGGGAAUCUCAGCACCUGGGCACCGAUGUCACUCAAUGCAAUCCUGGAGAAGGCUCUUCAUGGCUAAAUUCCUCCCUACCAGCAGCCGGAUAUGAUUCAAAGUAAAAUUUGUGAAUAAGAGAA